AUGACUGGACAGGAUCAGAAAGCCGACAUGUGGUCAGCCGAUGUUUACGGCGAAAAAGUGGCUCCAUUCGUUGCAGUCUUGACAGAGAAGAUCGUUUCCUGGCUCGAUCCUAAGCCUACCGGCAAGCUACUUCACAUGGACAAGAGAGCGUAUGAAGUCCUCGACGUCGGCUGCGGGGACGGCGUCCUAACUGCCAAAUUAGCCUCCCAUGUUAAACGGAUCGUUGGCGUUGACGCCUCGCCGAAUAUGAUAGAGCACUUCCAAAGAACACAUUCCGAUAUUGAAUCCCGCGUCGUGGACUGCCGACGUUUGGAUCAAGUGUCAGAUCUCACUGACGGAAAGUUUGACAAAGUCUUCUCCAAUGCUGCCUUACAUUGGAUCUUACGCGACCCGGAAACCCGGUCUAACAUGGUCAAGGGCUGCUUCAAUGCGCUCAAGCCAGGUGGAAUUUUUGUGAGUGAAUCCGGUGCGCUCGGAAACGUAGCCGAGGUGCAUGCAGCAAUCGUCAGUGCUCUGGUCAUUCAAGGAAUUCCAGUUGAAGAAGCCCGAGCAGCUUCACCUUGGUGGUUCCCUUCCCAAGAAGCUAUGAAACAGCUUCUUGAAGGAGAAGGCUUCCAGUGGGUCAAGGGCGAGGCAGAACUCAGACAGACAAAACUGACUGAUCACAAAGAAGGCGGUAUUGAAGGAUGGAUCCGCCUUUUCUGUGAGCCUUUCCUUCAGGUUUUACCAACUGUGGAGGCUCGCAAUGCAGCUGUCAAACAUGCUGUUGACGUCCUCGAGGGUGUUGGAAGGCAUCAACACGAUGGCUCCUUUACAGUUAAUUACAUUCGACUUCGGUUUGUGGCGCAGAAACCGUUUUAG